UCCCUCUCUCUCUCUCUCUCUUCCUUUAUUCACAUUAUCCCUAGUGUCCAGCCAACCCCAGUGCAUCCUGUAACGUCUCACUGCCGGAGUUUACACAGCCUCUCUCUCUAUAUACUCUAUUUUCUCAUUCUCAGGAUUAGAAAAAAAAAGGAAAGCCACACACUUGUCAUGAUUUAUGAAUGAACGUGACUGGCUGAUUGUGCAGUAGCUGAAAGAGGAUCCAUCCAGCUGUAUACAGUGUGAGUGUGUGUAACCCAGAGCAGUGCAGUGGAAGCGUAAGGAGAGGGGCUGGCCUUGGUUCGCUGCUGGGGACAGAGCAUUGCUGCGACGAGCUGUGCAGUACAACUGGUUGAUUCUGCAUGACUAUAGCAAAGAUGUCAUGGCAGCCACAAUAUCGAUGUUCGAAGUACCGCCAUGUUUUUGGUAAGCCUGCAAACAAGGAGAGCUGUUAUGACUGCGUGCCUAUCACAAGAAGUGUACAAGACAACCAUUUCUGUGCUGUUAAUCCAAUCUUCAUUGCUGUAGUGACAGAAUGUGCUGGUGGUGGAGCAUUUCUUGUUAUACCUAUACAACAGUCAGGAAAACUUGAUCCUCAUCAUCCAAAAGUUUGUGGUCAUAGAGGGAAUGUGCUGGACAUCAAGUGGAACCCCUUCAAUGACUAUGUAAUAGCCUCUUGUUCUGAAGAUGCCACAGUCAAAAUUUGGGACAUUCCAAAGCAUUUGUUAAAUAAAAAUUUGACAAAUCCUAGUAAAGAGCUGCUCGGUCACACCAGAAGAGUUGGCCUCAUUGAAUGGCAUCCAACUGCCAGUAAUAUCAUUUUCAGUACUGGCUAUGAUUACAAAAUUAUGAUAUGGAAUAUUGACAGUGAUGACCCUGUUAUUUAUAGUCCUGUGAGAACAAUUGAGUGUCACAAAGAUGUGAUUCUUUCUAUGUCAUUUAACACAGAUGGUAGUCUUCUUGCCACAUUCUUGCAAAGACAGGAUAAUUAGGGUCAUUGACCCCCGCCAAGGGACUAUUAUACAGGUUAGUAUUUCUAUCUUCAUUGUAAAUGGCAAUUAUUUGCCAGGAAAGUGUGUUAAUGUAUUUUAAUGAUAAAGGAUUUCAGUUUAUUGCAGCAUAAAAAUUAGAAAUUCUAAAAUUCUUUACUCAGUAUGAUCUACAUUACAAAAAAUAUAGUACUAUAGUGGUAGUAACAUUCCAUGUUUUAGAUAUUUGAAAAUGAAACUUGUUUUUUUUUUAAUAUUUUUGCUGGAUAUGAAGACCUUAUAAAAAAAAUUCCUGUGUCACUUAUUGUGUCACAUAACACGGAGCUAAAAAGAAAGGUGUGACCUAAAAGUUUUAAGGGAGCUGUCUCCUCAGACAAAAAUACUAAGGUUUCCUCUUCACAAUGCUCCCCGUGAACUGAAAUACAGUAGCAAAAUAUUGGUUAUUUUAAAGAAACUAAUUAUUUCAUGCCAUUACAUUGUUCUAUAUAUUACAAUAUUUUGUAUCCUAGUAGGAUAUUUAUAUAUAGCUUUCAUUUCAAAAUUGUGUACUGACAACCAGGGGUGUUUUGGGGGGCCUUUCCACCCUGGGGCGGCCAUUCUAAGGCAGCCUUCCCCUCACACCUGGCGCAUACAAUUUCAAGCACUGGAGCGGGUGUGGGGGGGCAGCAUCACUGGUUUUGAGAGCGCUAUUGCGCUCUGUGCACUAGCAGAGUUGAAAUUCCGAAAGUUUAGAAAGGCUUAAAGGCUUUUUUUGCCUUUAGACUACUUAGUAUAUGAAUAUAUAUGGUCUUUAAGACAGGACUGGACUGAUGGUGGAUAUCCUCAUUCUCAACAAUGGCAUAAUCAUGGUUCUCUUCAUGCAAUAAAGGACUCUUUUCUCUGAGUCUCUGAUAACUCUUUUGAUUGAUUCUAUUGAUGCUCCGAGAUCACUUGGCACAUCAGUUGGCACAUCUUUAGGUUGAGUCAUUGCCCAUGUUACUGGAAGAAUUACAUGACCUGAGCCUGAUGUUCUAGAGCAGUGAUCCCCAACCAGUAGCUCAUGAGCAAUAUGUUGCUCUCCAACCCCUUGGAUGUUGC